GAGGGUUUUUGGUGUAGCAGCAUUGCCGGGCAUCCCCAUCCCCAUCCCCCCGGGCCCUCUGCAUAAGGAUCACACAGAAACCUCAUCAAAAUCGACUGCAUUAAUUUAUUAAUGAGGCUAUAAAAGAAUUCCAAGCACAUGAAGAAAUCAGUUAAAAAAAACAGAUGCAUGGGUUGCUGACAUUUCGGUUUUAUUUGCUCACUCUCCGUUUCGAAGGCGCGAUCAUCAGUCAUCUCGUGCAACCGGAGGAACGAAAAGGGUCCCUGCGCUCGAGCUUGGGUGGAGGGAAGGGAAAGGAAGGGAAGGGAAAGGAAGGAGCAGACAGAUCGAAAAUGCGGGAUGUCUGUCUCUCUCUCUCUCUCUCUUGGAAAAGAGAAAUGGUCGGAACGAACGAGAGGGUCGGAGCGCGCGCGCUGACUGGAAAAGGGGGAGAGAGGGAGAGAGAGAGCGCGCGCGAGAGCGAGAGAGAUGGAGGCGGGGGGGAAAAAAGUCUCGCGGCUCUGCGGGGACUGGAGGAGCCUCGUGCCCUGGACCGGCGGCGCGCGGCUGGCCAACGUUCAACCCUCCCCUCGUUCCACACAAGCAGUUUCCAACCACGCGCGCGCUGCGACAGGUCGAACUCGCCGCCGCCUGUUUCUUCUUCUUCUCCUCCUCCUCAACAACAACCACCACCACUGCUGGGUUAAAAACUGAUUACCUGAGAAGUGAUAUUCGAGAAUGAAUGGAGGCAUGGAUUCCACCAGUAAAGAGCCAGCUGCAGUUUGGGCCCAGGAUGAUUUGCUGAAGCUCCUGGAUGCCAUGAAAGUAAAUCUGCCAGAGAAAGACCUGACCAAGUAUAAGACGACUGAAGCUCAUCUGAACUGGGAGAAGGUUGCUUUUAACACGUACUCAGCUGAGAUGUGCAAACAGAAAUGGCUUGAGGUCUCAAAAGAGAUCCGUAAAUUCCGCACACUGACAGAGUUAAUUGUGGAUGCUCAAGACUACAUCAAGAAUCCCUACAAAGGCAAAAAACUGAAGAAACACCCAGACUUCCCCAAGAAGCCACUGACACCAUACUUCCGCUUCUUCAUGGAAAAGAGAGCAAAGUAUGCUAAACUUCACCCGGAGAUGAGCAAUCUAGACCUUACAAAGAUCCUUUCCAAAAAGUAUAAGGAGCUGCCUGAACGUAAAAAGGAGAAAUAUGUGAAUGAUUUUCUCAAAGAAAAGGAAGCUUUUGAGCUUAACAUGUUAAAGUUCAAAGAGGAGCAUCCAGACCUGCUGGAGAAUACAAGCAAGAAAGCAUCCAAUGUACCAGAGAAACCUAUGACUCCACAGCAGCUGUGGUACAACCAUGAGAAAAAAGCAUACCUCAAAAUUCACCCUGAGGCCACCACCAAAGACAUUAAAGACAGUCUGGGGAAGAAGUGGACACAGCUUCCAGAUAAAAAGAGACUGAAGUGGAUCACCAAAUCUCUGGAGCAGCAUAAGCAGUAUGAGGAGACGAUGCGGGAGUUCAUUCAGCAACACCCUCAACUGAACUUGACUGAAGAUGAUAUUGUCAAGACUACUUUGACCAAAGCAGAAAGACAGCUGAAGGACAAGUCUGAUGGGCGACCAGGCAAACCGCCAUCGAAUGGUUACUCAAUGUUCUGUGCUGAGCUUAUGUCUGGCAUGAAAGAUGUUCCAAGCACUGAGCGCAUGGUCAUGUGCAGCCAGCGCUGGAAACUACUCAAACAGAGCGAGAAAGACGCUUAUCAGAAACGCUGUGAGCAGAAAAAGAAAGAAUAUGAAGUUGAGAUGAACCGAUACCUGUGUAGCAUUUCAGAGGAAGAACAGCAGAGAAUCUUGGCAGAGCAGAAGAUGGUGGGAUUUAAAAAGUCCACUGGCGGCGCCAGCCCCGGUCCCAAAAAGAACUCUAAAGCAAAGAGUAGUCCUGUUAAGCCAAAGCGACCGAUCUCUGCCAUGUUCAUUUUUGCUGAAGAAAAGAGGCAGAAACUUCAGCAGGAGAGGCCUGACUUGUCUGAUAGUGAACUCACCAGACUUCUGGCCCGCAUGUGGAAUGACCUCUCAGACAAGAAGAAGGAAAAAUACAAGAACUUGGAGGCAGUGCUGAAAGCAGAGUCAGAGAAACGAGGGAAAGAGGAGCAAAACAAGCUGCCGGACCCACCCAAGACCGCACAGGAAAUUUGGCAGCACAAUGUCAUCGGUGAUUACUUGGCCAGAUUCAAGAAUGACCGGCCAAAGGCCCAAAAAGCCAUGGAGGCCGCGUGGAACACCAUGGAGAAGAAGGAGAAAAUCAUGUGGAUCAAAAAGGCUGCAGAGGACCAGAAGAGAUAUGAGAGAGAGCUGAGUGAGAUGCGCUCUCCUGCUGGGGUUGUUGCCUCAGGGAAGAAGAUGAAAUUUGAAGGAGAGCCCAAAAAGCCACCAUCAAAUGGCUAUCAGAAGUUUUCUCAGGAAAUGCUGUCUAAUGGGGAGCUGAACCACCUGCCCAUGAAAGAGCGUAUGACUGAAAUCGGCAGCCGCUGGCAGAGCCUUCCGCAGAAAGAGAAAGACCGCUACAAGAAAAUUGCAGAGGAGAAACAGAAGCAAUACAAAGUGCAGCUUGAGCAGUGGCUAGCGAGCUUAUCAUCUCAAGAGAGAGCUGCGUAUAAGGAAUACAAUUCCUUGAAAAGGAGAAGCACAAGUAAACCAGGUGGUACCAGUGCUAAACAGAAAGCCAAGGCCAAGACCUCAGAUGAAGAAGAAGAUGAAGAUGAUGAAGAGGAGGAGAAGGAGUCUGAGGAGGGAUCAUCCAGCGCAGAGGAGAGUGAAGAAGGGGAUGAUGACGAAGAUGAAGACGAUGAUAAUGAGGAUGAGGAUGAAGAGGAUGAAGAGGCAGAGGAUAAGGAGAAUAAAUCAGAGAGCAGCAGCAGUGCGUCCAGCUCGGAGGAUUCCUCUGAAUCUGACUCUGAGUGAUGGGGAGCUGGAGCAGAGCGAGCCCUCAGACUGCCACAGACCCUGUGAACUGAGCCAUGAGGCAGAGCCUUGGGCCUGCAGUGCAUUCCUCCAGCCACCAGGGGGAGCACUUUCCACUGCACCACCACGUCCAUUUGCAUCACUCACACACCACCUUUUGCUUUAGCCUCCCCUACCCGCCCCCUUCUCCAGCUUGCCUGAUGAGUUUAUUGAGGACUGAGAGGAUUCCUAAAUUCCCCAUGGGUAACACACAUCUGUAACAUCAGCAGAGGUUAAAUGAUCCCAUGAGUGAUUAUUUUAAUAUCUAUGGGAUUUAAAACAAUUUUCUUACCAUCACACUUCGUGGCAUUGUUUUGAAGCGUUGUUGAAUGAAGGCUUUGGUUUCUUUUUCAGUCUUUUUGGGGGGAUUGAAGGACCCAUGAGCCAAAGAAGCUCAGUGAGUUCCUUUGAGGGGGUGAAGCAAACCAAAUGAUUCUCCUCUCUCCUCCUCUCUAUUCUCUACAUCUGCAUCACAGUUUUGUUUUUUUCGUUUUCACCCUGUCCUCCUAUAGUGGUGUAAUUUUGCUCUUUGGUUCAUGAUGUGGUAACUUCAGGAACAAUGAAGCAAAUUAUUAUUAUUUUUUUUCUUGAAUGUCAGUCCAUGUAGAUUGCGUGUAAAUAAGCCGCCAUCUCCUGUGCUUGUUAGGUGUUGGAGCUUGGAGCUGCUCCAUCCAUGUUUUCUUUCCCCCCCCUUUGUAUAAAUGGCAGAGAUUCCUCAUUUUGUGUUGGAUUUUAACAAUUCUCAAAUGAUUGCUUUAACUUUAAAGACAUUUGAUGAGUCUUUAUAAUAAAAAAAUAGCAAGAAAAGGUUAUAUUUUGCCCAGAUGUGGUACAGUUUUUAGAGGAAUCUCCUCCCCAAAACCCUGUGUGUAACAGAUUAUUAGUGAGGAUUAUAAUUGGUGUUGGUUUGUUCAGUCCGACUUCUGUUUUCCUUUUUUUUUUUUUUUUUUUUUUUUUAAAUGUUGCUUUGCAGGGCUACAAAUUUCCUUUUAAAAAAUAGUUUGUUUUAACUAUUGGUUUAUUUUAAAUGUCUAGUAUGUAUGAUUUUUUUUCCUUGCACUUAUCCUGAAAAGCCUCAUCAGCUGACUGUCCUCUCAGUGUUCCUGAUGUCCCAUACCCUUUAACCUCUUUGUAUUUUUAUAGUCACUGAUGCAUUCUGAUACGCACCAGCUCAAGGAAUGUAAACAAAUGUUUUAUUUAACAGAGGAGAGUUCCUUUAUGUUAUGUAUAUAUGAACAGUUUGGGGUAGCUGUUUUUUUCCCCCCCUCUCAUCUGUGCCCUGUGUGUUUAAAAAAAAAAAAAAAAAAAAAAAAGAAAAAAAAUCAUUGCAAAAAAAUUUUAAGAGUUUGCUAGUUUUUGAGCUUCUGUGUGCACACCACUCGGAUCACUGGUGUCUGUCAGUAGAAGACCCAGAGAUAUUACGUCAGUUCCCCUUCGAAAGAACAAGACAUGAUGUAGUGUGUGUGUGUCUUAUAUAUCCCGCUGAAUGAACUGCUUAUUUAUAAUGUUUGUUGAGGAACAUAGCAGGUAUGGAACCCACUGUAGAAUUAGAAGUGAUGACUAGAAGUGAUGAGAUCAGUGCAGAUGGAUAUGGUUCACUGCUGUUGUAUGGUAAUUGUAAAUAUGACUUCUUUUUUUUUUUUUUUUUAAUUUGUAUUGAGUGAACAUGGUUUAAUUUGUAUUUUCAAUUGACCGAGCUUCCCUAGGCGGUGCUUACAGAGGCCACUGGUCUGGAUUAGUUUGUCAUUUGCUCUGAGGAGGGAAAAUUUUAAAUUUAUGUUUUAGUUUUUAUACCCCUCAGCUAUUUGUUUAUUUGUAGAAAUGACAAAAAAAAAAAGAAAAAGAAAUUUGUACUGCUAAUUUGGAACAUUUGGAUGUUUUCUAUAGUCAGAGGUGUUAUAUUCCUGGAAUAUACCAUUUGAACAAAUAAACCUGUCUUUAGCAA